UAGUGUUGCAGAAUAAAAAGCGACGCUCCGUGGUGCCCAUCACUCCCAUGCCUCACUACUCUGACAUGGACACACCAGACCUGAAGAACAAACUCAGCAGGUUUGGGGUUCGGCCUUUACCGAAGCGUCAGAUGGUCCUCAAACUGAAGGAGAUCCACCAGUACACCCACCAGCUGGCCAGCUCGGACUCAGAGGACGAAGCCCCACAGGAGAAGACCCCUCCCUGCCAGCUUAUUGUGGGCGCCCAGAUGGCACCGUUUAAAGAAUCCAGAGCUGCUGCUGCUUCGUCUCCUGCCAAAACGAAUCAAGAGGAGGGUGAACUUCUGUCUGCCUCACAGGAGUCACAGG